AUGAGCGCAGAUGACUGCAAGAGUCUCCUUUAUGAGUCAUAAAGAAAUAAGAAUAAUGUUCCAGGUAAUAAAUGUAAUAAAUACUCCUAAGCUAGAUUUGAUGAUAACUUAUCUUAUCCGCAUAGUAUCAGUAUUCUCCCAGAAAAUACUGUAAUCCCGCUAAUCAUUGCCCACAGUACUAUCAUCAAGAAAAUGCCAGUGUUAAGAUAAUUUCCAGCUAAUUUAUACUAUUAUGCGCCAUAUGACUAGCCAAGAAAUGUUUCAAGAGCUCCGUUUACUCCAAACAUAAGCAUUAAAGGGAAAAAAUAUAGAAAUAAGUUUCCUAGGGCUAUAGCAUUCAUCUCAUGUGUUGUACCUGUGAUUCCAAUUAAUUUCAAAUUAAUUAUCUCUGGCAGAUUAGUGAAAAAGAGGGCAGUGAUAGUAGGUAUAGCUAAGUGA